UCCCGUCAAUAUAAGACAACUCUCCCCUUAUCAUUUCCUUCUGUGUGUAUUUCUCAUCAGCAAUGUCAAGAGCUGCAAGAAUCUCUCUCUUUCUCUUCACUUCAAUCCUUCUUCUCUUCACCAUCUUAUGGUUUUCGCCUGUCUCCCAUCUUCCAUCAUCACUUCCACUAGUUCUUUCAUUCUUUAAACACCAGGAAGACACCUUCAUCUUUGAAAGCAACACCCACAAGGAUAUCUAUUAUGAUGAGGGUCUUGAGAAUCAAGGGACUAACUCUUGGCCAGAGAAUCCAGUGUUUGAUGAGAAGGAUGUGGUGGUGCUCACAGAGAAGAACUUCGGUGAUUUCAUUGCUACAAAUCCGUAUGUGAUGGUGGAGUUCUAUGCACCAUGGUGCUAUUGGAGUCGUAAGUUGGCACCAGAAUACUCUGCUGCUGCUACCCUACUGAAAGGUGAGGCCGUGCUUGCAAAAGUUGAUGCUACAGUAGAAAUGGGGCUGGGAAGGAAGUAUAAAAUUCAGGGGUAUCCUUCUCUGCUUUUAUUUGCUGGUGGAAUUCAAAAGUCUAGCUAUUAUGGUGAAAGGACCAGAGAUGCUAUUGCAACUUGGAUGAGGCAGAAAAAUGGCCUGGUUGUUCAAACUGUAUCAACAACAGAGGAGGCUAAUAGGAUAUUGAGGACUAAUUCUGUGAUCGUAAUGGGAUUCCUUGACACUUUAGAGGGUUCAGAUACCAAGGAGCUUACUGCUGCUUCCAGACUGCAUGCUGAUAUCAAUUUCUAUCAAACUGAUAAUGUUGAUGUUGCAAGGCUGUUUCGCAUUGACCCGCAAGUCAAACCUCCUGCUUUAGUCAUGCUGAAAUGGGAGGCUGCAAAUCGUAGCCAUGUUGGUUUUGACGGUCAAUUCACCGAAUCAGAAAUAUCUGACUUUGUAUCCACUAACAACUUUCAAUUCACCAAAUCAGAGACAUCUGACUCUGUAUCCACAAACAACGCUCCUUCGGUGAUCACUUUUACGGUAGACGAUGCUUCACGUAUUUUAGGCAAUCCUAUGAAACAGCUGUGGCUAUUUUCAACAAAAUAUUCGUUGGAGCUGAUAUCCACAUUUGAAGAGGCAGCAAAAGCUUUCAGAAACAAGCUUGUAUUUGUCUAUGUGGAGACUGAUGGUACAAAUUUGGGACUUGGAGCAAACCUUGCUUUUCAAUUUGGAGUGCCUGAAGGUUCACCAAGAGUUGUAGCUUGCAUGGCUAAUGGUGACAAGUAUCUAUAUCAUGGUGAAAUGACCUUUGAUGGUAUUAAGUCAUUUGCUGAAGAGUUUCUGGAAGAUAAUCUUUCAAUCCAUUCAGUUCCAAUUUCAAAGUCAGCUCUUCGACUUCCGUCAGAUUCUCAUCAAUCCAGUCCGUCUUUGUCUUCACGUGUAAACUAUAUAUAGCUAAGACUGAAUUGCAAGCAAUAACUUGUAUGGGAUUGCCUUCAAGUAGAAUGAUGCUCCUCUCGUGAGAAUAAUCUUGCGGUGAUACUAAAGGUAUAAUUGAAUGUAAUCAGUAAAAGCUGCAAUUUCAGGGCACUAUAUGCCCUCUUGUAUCGCGUUAUUAUUCAUUUUGGAGACAAGUAAACCAGAAAUGAAAUUUAUAUAUUGUGAACA